AACGAAUUGUAGGCUUGUAGAAUGUAGCCUGUAGGACUCCCCUGUAGCUUGCUUGGCGACCUACCCACAAAUUGUCGUGAUGAAAACCUUAUUUUCUCGAUUAUUCGACUGGUAAUUAAUUCUUUAUGAUCCAGAGAUGUGUGUCGUUUCUAAACAUAAAAGGUUCUAGGAGCAACCACAGCUGACUCUUAGUGGCAUUGAAGGCUUACUGAUUCUACUGCAUUCUAGCUUGUGGUGGUAAUGCAUACAGUUGUUUUAUUCACUAGACUUGGUACCAGCAGACAAAGAACAACUAAUGGAAGAAGAAGUAGGAGGAGGUCAAUCCCCCUCUAUCAAUCAUCAUGAAUAUGCUGCUACAGGACUGAAUUUCAAUGGACCAUUACGUGGAUCUGCCAUUCAAGGGUUGAAGAAGAGAGCCCAUGCUCAUGGGAGUCGUUCUUGGAUCAAGAUUGACCAAAUUGGUAACUUGAAUAUUCUGGAUCUUGAUAAAGCGACUGUUAUGAGGCAUUGUUCUCUUCCUGCAAGAGAUAUGCGCUUGUUGGACCCAGUGUUCAUUUAUCCUUCCACAAUUCUUGGCAGAGACCAGGCUAUCGUGGUCAAUCUUGAACAAAUUAGAUGCAUAAUCACUGCUGAUGAGGUUUUGCUUAUGAAUUCGCUGGAUGCAUGUGUUGUUCAGUAUAAGUCUGAGUUAAGCAAGAGAUUGCAGAUGAACAGAGAUCAGUCUGAUGAUCUGCCUUUUGAGUUCAGGGCUCUUGAGCUUGCUUUGGAGCUUACGUGCAUGUCUCUAGAUGCUCAGCAGGUAAAAGAACUUGAAAAUGAGAUAUAUCCUGUGCUUGAUGAACUAGCAUCAUCUAUAAGUACUCUAAACCUCGAACAUGUACGACGACUGAAGGGUCACCUUCUUGCGUUGACACAGAGAGUCCAGAAGGUUUGUGAUGAGAUAGAACAUCUUAUGGAUGAUGACGGAGACAUGGCUGAGAUGUACCUAACCGAGAAAAAGAACAAAAGGGAAGCUUACUCGGACUUAUACUUGCAAGAAAAUAUCUCUAGUGAGAGCGGACUAUUGUUAGCACCAGUUUCGCCCAUAGGGUCAGUUAGCGGGACUGGAAAGCUGCAAAGGGCUUCAAGCAGCCUGAGUUCAAGCAAGCAUGGUAGUGGCAAUAGUUCAUCUUACAAUCAGGAAGAUAUAAAUCAACUUGAAAUGUUGUUGGAAGCGUAUUUUGUUGUCAUAGACAAUACUCUCAACAAAUUGUUAUCGCUCAAAGAAUACAUAGAUGAUACCGAAGAUUUGAUUAAUAUAAAAUUGGGAAAUGUGCAGAACCAGCUAAUACAAUUCGAGUUGUUGUUGACAGCGGCCACCUUUGUAGUUACAAUCUUUGCGGUUGUGACGGGUGUUUUCGGAAUGAACUUUGAGGCUGCAAUUUUCAAUUACCCAGGUGCAUUCAACUGGGUCAUAUUCCUCACUGGAGUCUUCUGCGUGAUGCUAUACAUCUGUUUCUUAAUUUUUUUCAGGCAUAAGAAACUUUUGCCACUUUAAAUUCAUAUUCUUAUAGCAAAAAAAAAACAUAUUAAUUUCUGUUUAUUGUUACUUAAAUUCUUUUGACUGCAUUUCAACUGCUAUCCAAUUUCCAGUGUAAAUAGUAUUGGACUUUUAAAUGGAGAAUUUGUUUUUGGAGUUAGUCAUCAA